GCGGCUUCCGCUGACAGGUAAAGACGAGCAGGCCGCGUUUCAUGGCUGCAGGAAGCGUCGCGGGGUCGCUUGCCUUCGCCCGCUCUGUGACAUAUGCGGCGGAUGGGCUGAGGGCGGCCGGGAAGGACGGCGAGGGUUCAUGUUGCAAUUGGCAGAGGAAUUCUCUUUAGAGCACAUACUGGAUAUUAGAUGGACCAAUGACAAAGGAAUUCAUUGAGAUGACAUAGUAUAGGAAACGAGACCAUGGUGCAAAAGAAGAGGAGCUGCCCUCGCUUACUUGAUUACCUUGUGAUUAUUGGAGCCAGGCAACCAAGUAGUGAUAGUGUGGCACAGACACCUGAAUUACUGCGCCGUUAUCCACUAGAAGACCACACUGAUUUUCCACUGCCUCCUGAUGUAGUCUUUUUCUGCCAACCAGAAGGAUGCUUAAGCGUGCGGCAGAAGCGGAUGAGCUUGCGAGAUGAUACUUCCUUUGUCUUCACGCUCACAGACAAAGAUUCAGGCAUCACCCGCUAUGGGAUAUGCGUUAACUUCUAUCGGUCCUUCCAGAAGCGUAUUUCCAAGGAGAAGGGUGAAGGCAGUGGUGGACAUCGUAGCCGAGAUGGACAGAAGGCACCCAAAUCUGGGGAUGCUUCAACUGUGCAAGAAGAAAGAGCUAAUGAAAGUUUAGAGAGCAGUGUCUCUCUCCACCCACAGAGCACAGAGCCAGUUCCUGCUACAAACCGGUCACCUCGAAGUAAAUCAUCAGCAAAAGGCACUCAUCGUUCUCGUAACAGUACCCUGACCUCACUCUGCAUUCUUAGUCACUAUCCCUUUUUUUCUACCUUUCGUGAAUGUCUGUACACUCUAAAGAAGCUGGUGGACUGCUGCAGUGAGAGGCUCUUAGGCAAGAAGCUGGCAAUCCCUCGAGGAGUACAGAGGGACACCAUGUGGCGGAUUUUCACAGGCUCACUGCUUGUGGAGGAGAAAUCUAGUGCUUUGCUACAUGAUUUGCGUGAAACCGAGGCUUGGAUUUAUCGGCUUCUUCGCUCACCUGUGCCAGUUGCUGGCCAGAAACGUGUGGAUGUGGAAGUCUUACCUCAUGAAUUGCAGCCAGCCUUGACGUUUGCCCUCCCUGACCCUUCCCGCUUUUCUCUGGUGGAUUUCCCUUUGCAUUUGCCCUUGGAGCUGUUAGGUGUGGAUGCCUGUUUGCAAGUACUGUCCUGCAUUCUUCUGGAACAUAAGGUAGUACUGCAGUCUCGAGAUUACAAUGCUCUAUCCAUGUCUGUGAUGGCAUUUGUAUCUAUGAUCUACCCAUUGGAAUACAUGUUCCCGGUGAUUCCUCUCCUUCCUACCUGCAUGGCUUCCGCAGAACAGCUACUCCUAGCCCCCACACCUUAUAUUAUUGGAGUCCCAGCAAGCUUCUUCCUAUAUAAGUUAGACUUUAAAAUGCCAGAUGAUGUAUGGCUGGUGGAUCUAGACACCAACAAGGUCAUUGUUCCUACAAAUGCUGAAUUACUGCCUGUUUUGCCAGAACCGGAAGUUUUAGAACUGAAAAAGCAUCUGAAGCAGACUCUGAUUAGCAUGUCUGCAAUCACUCAGCAACAACUGCUCACGCCUGAAAAAAAGGCUUUGGCCAGCAUGAGUUUGAAUACCCAGCCUAUUCUUAACCUAGAAAAGUUUCAUGAGAGUCAAGAAAUCCCAUUGCUUCUGGGGAGACCGCAGAAUGACCUGCAAUCCACACCAUCCACAGAGUUCAACCCACUGAUCUAUGGUAAUGAUGUAGAUUCAGUGGAUGUGGCGACUAGGGUUGCUAUGGUGAGAUUCUUCAAUUCACCAAAUGUUUUACAUGGAUUCCAGAUGCAUACCCGCACACUUCGUCUCUUUCCCCGCCCCGUGGUUGCAUUUCAGGCCAAUUCCUUUUUAGCUUCACGACCGAAACAGACACAAUUUGCAGAAAAAUUGUCCAAGACACAAGCAGUGGAAUACUUUGGGGAGUGGUCUCUCAAUCCCACUAAUUAUGCUUUCCAAAGAAUCCACAAUAAUAUGUUUGACCCAGCUCUGAUUGGUGAUAAACCAAAGUGGUAUGCUCAUCAGCUGCAGCCAAUUCAUUAUCGUGUUUAUGACAGCAAUUCUCAGCUAGCCGAAGCAAUGAAUGUUCCAGCUGAUAGAGAAACAGAUUCAGAUCCUACUGAUGAUAGUGGGAGUGAUAGUGUGGACUAUGAUGACUCCAGCUCUUCUUAUUCAUCCCUUGGUGACUUUGUUAGUGAAAUGAUGAAAUGUGAUAUCAAUGGUGAUACUCCAAAUGUGGACCCACUAACUCAUGCAGCUUUGGGUGAUGCAAGUGAAGUGGAGUUUGAUGAUUUCCAGGAAUACUCAGCAGAUAUGGACGAACAGGCUCCAGAUAGUGAGAAUUCCCAAGAUAAUAACCAACCUCGGUCAAGUUCAAGCACUACAGCCAGCAGUAGUCCUAGCACUGUUAUCCAUGGGGUGAAUCAUGAAUCAGCUGAUUCAGCAGAGGUAGAAGAGAAGAUGGUAGCUGGAUUUUCAAAUCACCUUCCCAGCUUGCCUUUACAGCCAAAUUUUCCCAAGGUGACUGUGGAUCAUCGGGAAAGCGAGAGUCCUUCAUUCAGCUUGAGCGCCACAGAAGGAAUGGUGAAGAAACGAGAGUAUGAUAAUCCAUAUUUUGAACCACAGUAUGGAUUCCCUACAGAAGAAGAGGAAGAUGAGCAGGAAGAAAGCUAUACUCCAAAGUUCAACCAGAAUCUCAAUGGCAGUCGGCCUCCAAAACCUUUGCGUCCCAAUAGUUUAAAGCUGGGAAAUGACUCUGAUGCAGAAUCGGAUUCUCAUGCCAGUUCCCCAAAUUCUACAGUCUCCAAUAACAGCAGUGAAGGUUUUGGGGGUAUUAUGUCUUUUGCCAGUAGCCUAUACAAGAAUCACAGCACAAGCUUUAGUCUUUCCAAUUUAGCACUUCCAUCCAAAGCUGUGAGAGACAAAACCACUCCAUUUCCUAGUCUAAAAGAUUACUUUAAUCUGGAAGUGGGAAGGGAUAUGGAUAAAGGAAACAGGCGAGCACUUGUAGAUCAGAAGUCUUCUGUUAUAAAGCACAGCCCAACAGUGAAAAGGGAAUCUCCUUCGCCACAAGGACGAACCAGUAAUUCCAGUGAAAAUCAGCAGUUCUUGAAAGAGGUGGUACACAAUGUCCUAGAUGGACAAGGAAUUGGUUGGUUAAACAUGAAGAGAGUACGUCGUCUGUUGGAAAGUGAACAACUCCGUAUGUUUGUGUUAAGUAAGCUUAAUCGCACUAUCCAGUCAGAGGAGGAUGCUCGACAGGAUGUUGUCCAGGAUGUGGAGAUUAACCGGAAGGUUUACAAAGGAAUGCUGGAUUUACUAAAAUGUACAGUAUCAAGCCUUGAGCAGUCAUAUGCAAAUGCUGGACUUGGAGGCAUGGCAAGUGUGUUUGGCUUGCUAGAAAUAGCUCAUACUCAUUACUAUAACAAAGAGCCUGAAAAAAGAAAGCGAAGCCCAACAGAUGGAGCAAUCACUCCGGUUGGCAAAGAUCCUAUUUUAGCCAGGAGGGUGGAACCGAAACCCAAGGUGCAACUACAAGUACCUCAGCUCAUGCCAAGGGCACCAGGCCUCUCAGGGAAAGGGCCAAGGGAGUUUGACACAAGGAGUUUAAAGGAGGAAAAUUUUGUAGCUUCUAUUGGGUCAGAAGGUACAAAACACUUCUUUGACUUGGGAGAGACAGAUGAGAAGAAAUCCCAGAUUAGUGCUGACAGUGGUCUAAGCUUAACCUCCAGCUCUCAGAAGAGUGAUCUGGAUUCUGUGGCAAGUGUGGGGCCUGCUGUUAUGAUCCGAAGCACCAGCCAAGAUUCUGAAGUUAGCACAGUGGUGAGUAACAGCUCUGGAGAAACGCUUGGAGCAGAUAGUGACCUGAGCAGCAAUGCUGGGGAUGGCCUUGGUGGAGAGAUUAGUGGAAAUUUAACAGGAUCACGAGGCACCGUCUCAGACAGUGAAAUUGAAACAAAUUCUGCUACUAGUGCUAUAUUUGGUAAAUCUCAUAGUAUGAAAAAAACAAUUAAAGAUAAUAAAUGCAGCAGCCCUGGAAGAGUUCCAGAAGAUGCAAGUCAACGAGUUUAUCUCUUUGAGGGUCUACUUGGUAAAGAGCGUUCAACUCUGUGGGAUCAGAUGCAGUUCUGGGAAGAUGCUUUUCUGGAUGCUGUGAUGUUAGAAAGAGAAGGGAUGGGAAUGGAUCAGGGGCCUCAAGAGAUGAUUGACAGAUAUUUUUCUUUAGGAGAACAUGACCGAAAACGUUUAGAAGAUGAUGAAGACCGUUUAUUGGCUACUUUGCUUCACAAUAUGAUUGCAUACAUGAUUAUGAUGAAGGUGCAGAAGAAUGAUAUUAGAAAGAAAGUACGCCGUUUGAUGGGGAAAUCUCAUAUUGGCUUAGUUCAUAGUCAAGAAAUAAAUGAAAUACUUGACAAAAUUUCCAGCACAACUGGCAGGGAGCUCGCCAUCCGACCAAGUGGCAGUAGACAUAUUAAGAAACAAACAUUUGUUGUACAUGCUGGCACAGAUACAACAGGGGACAUAUUCUUCAUGGAGGUAUGUGAUGACUGCAUUGUGUUAAGAAGCAACAUUGGCACUGUGUAUGAACGUUGGUGGUAUGAAAAAUUGAUUAAUAUGACGUACUGUCCCAAAACAAAAGUGCUUUGUCUUUGGAGGAGGAAUGGACAGGAAACACAACUGAAUAAGUUCUACACUAAAAAGUGCCGGGAGUUAUAUUAUUGUGUAAAAGAUAGUAUGGAAAGAGCAGCUGCAAGACAACAGAGCAUAAAGCCAGGGCCUGAACUUGGUGGGGAAUUUCCCGUACAGGAUAUGAAAACUGGCGAAGGAGGCCUUCUCCAAGUCACACUGGAAGGAAUUAAUUUGAAAUUCAUGCAUAGUCAGGUUUUCAUAGAGCUGAAUCACAUUAAAAAGUGCAAUACAGUGCGUGGCGUCUUUGUCCUGGAAGAAUUUGUUCCUGAAACUAAAGAAGUGGUGAGCCACAAGUACAAGACACCAAUGGCUCAUGAGAUCUGCUAUUCGGUAUUGUGUCUCUUCUCUUACGUGGCAGCAGUGCGUGGGAAAGAGGCAGAAAGCAAAAGCAAACCACCUCGUCCAGUGUCCAGCUGAUCAAUGUUAUUGUUGGGAAACACGUUGCCAUGCAAUUUUCUCCUUUCUUUUGCGGUUAUACAAGCUCACAUGAAAACCAUUCAUAUAUGGCCCCGUUCAUUUGAGUAUAUGACCCUGCAAAUCCCCUUUAUGGAAAUGAAAUUUCAUAAGCACAUUCAGGCCUGUGCUUAAAAUAUUCUAAGCAUUUGCAUUCUGUUUAUCACCUUCUCUUUCGUAUUUAGUUCAUCAAGAUGGCUCACAUGACACUCCUUUUUAUCUCCAGUUGUACUGUUAUUUUUUUAAUUUAUAGAUUUAUGCUUCUGUUUCAGAUUUGUUAUUGUGUGCAUUGUGCAAGCCACUCACUCUUGCCUGGAUCACCCACUGUUGCUGCUGUUCAGAUGCUUACUUUUAUUUCCUUUCUUGUUUUUGGUACUUGAAUUGUCAUUAGAGAAUCCUUGCCAAUAGCUCUUUCGUAGACUUCUUCAACCCUUUCCACAUCAAGGGUUGGAAUAUAUAUGUAUAAUUUCUGUCAUUGUGUAUCAAAGGAAUGGCUAAAGAUCAUAAUGCAGGAGUGAUUAAAUAGUGAUCUCAUGAUCAGUAUGCAUGUGCUGUACAUACUAUUUUAAACAUAAGACAACAGUUUUGCUGACAUUCCAGUUCAGUUCACUAGUAUAUAGACAUAAAUAUAUUUCUUUAUGAUAAGUGUAUAGAAUUAAAUGAGGACAGGAGAAAAGCCACCAAAACCAAGACAGAAUGAUUGGCUUGAAUGUAUGAGAUAUUCAUGUGAUGCCUGAGUGUGUGCAGUGUACUGUUAGAGAUACAUCCAGUUAUUAAAAAGUUGUAAGCAUGUACAAAUGUAUCAGUAGCACUGUAUUUUCUCAUUUUACGUCUCCCUUUAGUCACGGCUUUUGUCAAUCUAUUAAUGUUUAUUUUUAAAAAGCAAAAAAUGUCACUGUGUAAUGAAUUUUCCCCUUCUGGUAAAUUUCCAUUUGACAAUUCUUGAAUAGGAUGAAAAAUAAAUGAAUUGUCUUUCUACUUUUCAUGGACUAUACUGGACUCUAAUGCAAAAAUACACCAAGGUACUUGAAGGAGAAAUUCUACAAUAGAGAAGAAACUGUAGAACAUCUGGCAGACUUCUCUGGCUGAUGUUGAAGUACCACAGAAGUGAUAACAUUUCUAGGCAAUAUGCCUUUAGGAAUCGUUGGGCUUGUUCUGCACAAUUUAAUCUGUAUGACUGUUGAAUUGACUGCACUAUAAAGGGUGGGAGGGGGGAAGAAAUGUACAUAUUUCAGUACCACAUGUAUUUAUAGAAAAGUGUACAGUUGUCUGAAUGUUAAAUUAAAAUGCAAUUAAACCA